AUGAAGGAGGGUCUCUACAGGUUGGGACCAGUGGUGACAGUGUUGAAUAAGUACAAAAAGAAACGAUAUCAUAAAAUGGUUAAUUUAUUAACUGGAGAAACUGAAGCUAGUCCUGAUUCAGUCAGGAGUGUAGAUGAUAAUAGACCAGCAGAGAUUCUAUCACAUUGGCAUCCUAAUUUAACUAUAAAUUUAGUUGAUGACCACACACCAUGGAGACAAGGAGCCAUACCAUCACCAUUGGAUGAAUACAUUGAAUUUCACAUAUCUGGUGAAUAUUAUCCUGUACUCUAUUUCAAUGAUUGGUGGAACAUGGCAACUGACUACAUGCCAAUCAAUGAGACAACACCAAUAUUAGAUUUGCACUUGACAUUCAGUCCUAUAUCACUGUUUAAAUGGCAGAUGUAUGCAGCACAGUCUAUGAGAAAUAAAUGGACUGCGAUCCUUGGUGAUGAUAUGGUAGAAGAUGAUGAUGAAGAUCAAGACAGCCUAAAAAAAGCCUUUCUGGAAACAAAUCAUUAUUUGUUGGGACUCACUAUUAUUGUGUCUAUCGUUCAUAGUAUAUUUGAGUUCCUGGCAUUUAAAAACGACAUUCAGUUUUGGAAGAACCGUGAGUCUCUGGUAGGAUUAUCUGUGAAAUCAGUGUUUUUUGGAGUAUUCCAAUCACUGGUUGUAGUUCUUUAUGUGUUUGAUAAUGAAACUAACACAGUUGUCAGAAUUAGCUGUUUUGUUGGUUUACUGAUUGAUCUGUGGAAAAUUACCAAAGUUAUGUCGAUUAAGAUUGAUCGGGAAAACCUAUGGUUUGGUGUUCUGCCUCGUAUAUCAUUCACUGAUAAAGCUACGUAUGCACAAUCUUCUACAAAGCAGUAUGAUACGCUUGCAUUUAAGUAUCUUUCUUGGAUACUAUUUCCAUUACUUGCUGGAUAUGCUGUAUACUCUGUAUUAUAUCACGAGCACAAAGGAUGGUACUCGUUUGUUCUUAAUUUACUGUAUGGAUUCCUUCUUAUGUUUGGAUUUAUUAUGAUGACACCACAGCUGUUUAUCAACUAUAAAAUGAAAUCAGUUGCACAUUUACCUUGGAGGAUGAUGACUUAUAAAGCACUGAAUACCUUUAUAGAUGACAUAUUUGCAUUUGUGAUUCAAAUGCCAACAUUAUAUCGCAUUGGUUGCUUCAGAGAUGGUAAGGAUGUCAUAUUGUGGACAAUUUUAUCUGAUAUUAUGAACUACUGGACUGGA